AAUAAAAUACAGUCGUCGCGCUGCACGUGAUCUCUCUGCCUCUGCUGUCACACUCCUGGAGAAGUCGGUUUGCAACAACAUAAUUGGUGCUCAAUCACUGGCACCAAAGACUGAGGAUCCCACGGCUGGCUGACCUUCCACCGUACAGCACCCACUGAAGUGGCAUGCCAGGGAAAAUGAGGAGUCGCCCGUGAGGACUGCCUGACUCAGCCCCUCCACUCAGGUUGCUGUGUGUCUCGCCCACUACUCCACUGCAGCUCCAACGUACUUUGACCCACAUCCAAUCUUCAGGGAACAGUGGCACGAACCACGACGUGAAGGUCCGUACACUGUGUCCAAGCAACACAGACUACAGUCCACGUUGAAGGGAGCACAUCUUGGUACCAUCUGGAACUACUGCACAAGAGCACAAGCAACGAAGGAUCACAAACACAAAAAUACAGGGCAGUGAAGUCAAUAACCAGACAAAAUGUUAAUGACACAGCUUCUUGUGGUAAUAAGUUGUCCGGCUUGGUUCUCACCAGGAGAUGUGUUCAUGAAGCGAUGGACGGGAACCUUGCGGCUGGGCCAGCUGACCCAAGUCGGAAACCUGACGCUGAGCACUCCAACUAAGAGACACCAGAAGUUCCAGGAUUUGACUAACCUCAAGAAGACACAGAGAGAAGAUGUGGCGCUAGCGGCCUGCGACUUCAACGACGAUGCACAGCCUUUCUGCAUGUUCAUUCAGGACAGAGCAGAUGAUGGCGAAUGGAUCCGACACAAAGGUCCAACUCCGACUAAUGGGACUGGUCCACCUGGAGACUACCCUGAUGGAAGGGGAUAUUACAUCUACCAGGAGUGUGACAAUGUACCUGAUAGGCAGAAGGUUCGCCUGUUGAGUCCGGCUCUAACAACGACAGCAACUCAGAUAUGUGUCCAAUUCCGAUACUACAUGUAUGGAAUAGACAAUGAAAAUACAUUACGAGUUUUGGCCAAGCGACCCUCUAAUGAAGAGGAGAUCUGGAAGAAAAAUGGAAUUCAAAGUCCAUCCUGGCUCGAGGAAUCGAUCUCUGUAUCAAAACCCAGUGGUCAGAGCCUCAGUAUUGUGUUUGAGUCUACAAGGGGCAUCAAUCCAUCCUGUGACACCGCGUUGGAUAACUUGAACAUCGUAGAAGGAGCUUGUUCAGAAUGCCUCUCGGGCUGUGACUUCGAUGUGCUGGAUGAUCUAUGUGGAUGGUCAACUGAGACUGGUGAUCCAGACGUAUUUGGCUUUGGCCAAUAUGUCGGUGCAACUGAAACCCCAGGAACUGGACCUGAGGACGACUUCUCUAAGCCUGGAUUUGGAUUUUACCUGCUGCUGGAUUCACAAGAUGCUAUGCCAGGAGCUAAGGCUCCAAUCACAAGUCCAGAAUUAGUCUCAUCCUCAGGAUGUCUGGAACUUUCGUUUCACUACUAUUUGUAUGGCACCAGUACCACGAUGGAAAUCACUGUUCACACUAAGACAGGCGGGACUCUUGGUCCAGCACUUCUAAAUAUAAAAGGAAACCAGGGUCAGGGAUGGAAGCCAGCUGUGGUGCGCUACAGAGGAACGGGACGAAUCCAGUUUGUCAUUGUCGGUACAUAUGGAGAAACCCCAGAGACUGACAUUGCUGUUGAUGCCGUGUGUGUCACGCCCUGUGCUGGAAUACCAACUACUGAACCAAGCACACCCAAACCAACAACUCCGAAACCAACCACACCAAGGCCAAGUUGUCCUCCAAAUGCAGAGUAUAAAGAAUGUGGCCCAUCCUGCAUUCCCUCCUGUGAGACGCCCUCCACCAACUGUAGCGGUCCCUGCAUCAGCGGCUGCUUCUGCAAACCUGGGUUCGUCUUCAAGGGUCGGCGCUGUGUUCCCCUCGAUAAAUGUGGCUGCCUGGAUGAGGACAACAACUAUUAUGAGCCUGGAGAGAUUGUAUUUGGAGAUGGCUGCUCCAAGCUGUGUCGCUGUGCUGGGAACUACACCCUGGAGUGUGUGGACAACUCCUGUGACCCCACUGAGGAGUGCAGGGAAAUUAAUGGGGUUUCAGGCUGCUAUCCUAAAGACACAUCCACCUGCAUCGCAUCUGGUGACCCCCACUACACCACCUUUGACAAACGCAAAUAUGACUUCAUGGGCAACUGCACCUACUUGAUGUCCUCUCCAUGCAACUCCACUCUGCCGCACUUCGAGGUUCAUGUUGAAAACGAAAACCGCUUCAACAGACCGACCAUUUCCUAUGUGAAGGCCGUGCACGUGUAUGUAGAUAGAGUGAAGAUCUCCAUCCUCAAAGACGGCAUUGUGCAGGUGAAUGGAACGAAUGUUAAUGUGCCAGUGAGUCCAGUCCCGAGUGUCUCGGUGUUCAAGUCAGGAAAACACUACACGGUGAAAAUGAACUUCGGAGUGACUGUUCGCUAUGACGGGAACCAUUUCAUGGACAUCAAAGUCAUCAAAGACUACGAGGGAACAUUGUGUGGACUGUGUGGGGACUAUGAUGGAAACCCCAAAGAUGACUUCCGCAAACCAGGCGGGUCAAUGGCUGCCAAUGCAAAUGAGUUUGGACACAGUUGGAACACUGACCCCGAAUGCAACAAGAAACCAAACACCACCCUCCCAGGAUGUGACGAAGAUGAGCAGGAAAUCUAUGAGGACUCCAAAUUCUGCGGAAUGCUGCUGGACAAAAAUGGUCCGUUUGCUGCCUGCCACCGAAAAGUCAACCCCAAUAACUACUUCAAGGAUUGUCUCUUCGACCUGUGUGAACUGGACGGAGCCCAGCCAGUUCUGUGUGAAGCCAUUGAAGCCUACGUCAACGAGUGCCAGGACCGUGGGGUCACUAUUAAACCCUGGAGGAACGACACCUUCUGUCCUUGGAAAUGCCCUGACAACAGCCACUACGAGCCGUGUGCUGACUCAUGUCAGCAGACAUGUUCAGGGAAACCUCCAUCCUGUGGUGGUCCAUGCAGUGAGGGUUGUGUGUGUGAUCCUGGCUACGUCCUGAGUUCUGGAAAAUGUGUCAAGGAGAGCUCCUGCGGUUGCAAAUACACAAACGGCCAGUACUAUGAGCCUGGAGAAGAGUUCUACUUGGAAGACUGUAAGCUGAAGUGUCGCUGUGAUGCACCCUUUGUAACAUGUCAAGCCUUUGACUGCCCACCAAUGCACGAGUGCAAACACCAGGGUGGAGAACUGGGCUGCUACCCCACCAGCUCUCAGGACUGUGUUGUCUCUGGAGAUCCUCAUUACAUGACCUUUGAUGACAAGUACUACACUUUCAUGGGCACCUGCACCUACACACUGGCCCGGAACUGUGGGAACACAACCGGACCCUGGUUUUCAGUGGAGGGGAAGAACGAGGAACGUGGAGUCACUGGAGUGUCCUACUUGAAGAAACUCUACGUCACUGUCAACGGAAUCACUGUGACCAUGAUGAAGCAGCGAAGAACACUGGCCAACGGACGGCGUGUUUCUCUGCCUCAUUCCCCUUCUCCACUCAUGUCUCUGAGCCUUGCUGGUCAGUACGUCACCCUGGAGACCACUUUUGGUCUUCGGGUUCGCUGGGAUGGAAACCAUUAUGCGCAGAUUUCACUACCCAGCUCCUACUUCAACCAGACGUGUGGUUUAUGUGGUGAUUAUGACGGGAGCCCUAACAACGACUUCACCAAGCCAGAUGGCACUCUGGUCAAUAACGUCAACGACUUUGGCAACAGCUGGCAGACUGAGGAGGACGAAGAUGAAUCGUGUACCGGAGGAACCACCCCCGACCCAGACUGUGACCCUGCACUGGAGGCAGAGGUGGUGAAACCAGAGAAGUGUGGCAAAAUCAAAGAUCCAGCUGGACCCUUUAGGGAGUGCAUCAACAAGGUGAAUCCCACUCCAUACUUCCAGAGCUGCGUGUUCGAUAUGUGUCAGUUCAACGGCCAGCAGCACGUGCUGUGUGACCAGCUGCAGGCCUACACUGACGCCUGUCUGGCAGCUGGAGCCAAAGUCUACCCAUGGAGAACCCCGACUUUCUGCCCCCUGACAUGUCCCCCCAACAGCUCCUACUCUCUCUGUGUCAGCUCAUGUCCAGAGACUUGUCUCGGUGUGGUUGGACCACCAGGGUGUGAGAAUGUGUGUGUGGAGGGUUGCAAGUGUGACCCAGGAUUCAUUCUGAGCGGCGAACAGUGUGUUCCACUAAAAGACUGUGGCUGCGUGGAGCCCAGUGGAGACUAUCACCCUGUGGGAGACAGCUGGUUCAUGGAGGGCUGUAAGCAGAGAUGCACAUGUAAUGGUGGAGGUGUGAUCCAGUGCCUCAACACCACCUGCGGACCAACGGGGAUCUGCCAACUGCUGGAGGGAGAGUACCAGUGUGUCGCAACAGACUUGACUACGCCAAAACCAUCGACAAGUCCAACGACACCUGAACCAACUACACCUGAACCACCUACGCCAAGUUGUCCUCCAAAUGCAGAGUAUAAAGAAUGUGGCCCAUCCUGCAUUCCCUCCUGUGAGACGCCCUCCACCAACUGUAGCGGUCCCUGCAUCAGCGGCUGCUUCUGCAAACCUGGGUUCGUCUUCAAGGGUCGGCGCUGUGUUCCCCUCGAUAAAUGUGGCUGCCUGGAUGAGGACAACAGCUAUUAUGAGCCUGGAGAGAUUGUAUUUGGAGAUGGCUGCUCCAAGCUGUGUCGCUGUGCUGGGAACUACACCCUGGAGUGUGUGGACAACUCCUGUGACCCCACUGAGGAGUGCAGGGAAAUUAAUGGGGUUUCAGGCUGCUAUCCUAAAGACACAUCCACCUGCAUCGCAUCUGGUGACCCCCACUACACCACCUUUGACAAACGCAAAUAUGACUUCAUGGGCAACUGCACCUACUUGAUGUCCUCUCCAUGCAACUCCACUCUGCCGCACUUCGAGGUUCAUGUUGAAAACGAAAACCGCUUCAACAGACCGACCAUUUCCUAUGUGAAGGCCGUGCACGUGUAUGUAGAUAGAGUGAAGAUCUCCAUCCUCAAAGACGGCAUUGUGCAGGUGAAUGGAACGAAUGUUAAUGUGCCAGUGAGUCCAGUCCCGAGUGUCUCGGUGUUCAAGUCAGGAAAACACUACACGGUGAAAAUGAACUUCGGAGUGACUGUUCGCUAUGACGGGAACCAUUUCAUGGACAUCAAAGUCAUCAAAGACUACGAGGGAACAUUGUGUGGACUGUGUGGGGACUAUGAUGGAAACCCCAAAGAUGACUUCCGCAAACCAGGCGGGUCAAUGGCUGCCAAUGCAAAUGAGUUUGGACACAGUUGGAACACUGACCCCGAAUGCAACAAGAAACCAAACACCACCCUCCCAGGAUGUGACGAAGAUGAGCAGGAAAUCUAUGAGGACUCCAAAUUCUGCGGAAUGCUGCUGGACAAAAAUGGUCCGUUUGCUGCCUGCCACCGAAAAGUCAACCCCAAUAACUACUUCAAGGAUUGUCUCUUCGACCUGUGUGAACUGGACGGAGCCCAGCCAGUUCUGUGUGAAGCCAUUGAAGCCUACGUCAACGAGUGCCAGGACCGUGGGGUCACUAUUAAACCCUGGAGGAACGACACCUUCUGUCCUUGGAAAUGCCCUGACAACAGCCACUACGAGCCGUGUGCUGACUCAUGUCAGCAGACAUGUUCAGGGAAACCUCCAUCCUGUGGUGGUCCAUGCAGUGAGGGUUGUGUGUGUGAUCCUGGCUACGUCCUGAGUUCUGGAAAAUGUGUCAAGGAGAGCUCCUGCGGUUGCAAAUACACAAACGGCCAGUACUAUGAGCCUGGAGAAGAGUUCUACUUGGAAGACUGUAAGCUGAAGUGUCGCUGUGAUGCACCCUUUGUAACAUGUCAAGCCUUUGACUGCCCACCAAUGCACGAGUGCAAACACCAGGGUGGAGAACUGGGCUGCUACCCCACCAGCUCUCAGGACUGUGUUGUCUCUGGAGAUCCUCAUUACAUGACCUUUGAUGACAAGUACUACACUUUCAUGGGCACCUGCACCUACACACUGGCACGGAACUGUGGGAACACAACCGGACCCUGGUUUUCAGUGGAGGGGAAGAACGAGGAACGUGGAGUCACUGGAGUGUCCUACUUGAAGAAACUCUACGUCACUGUCAACGGAAUCACUGUGACCAUGAUGAAGCAGCGAAGAACACUGGCCAACGGACGGCGUGUUUCUCUGCCUCAUUCCCCUUCUCCACUCAUGUCUCUGAGCCUUGCUGGUCAGUACGUCACCCUGGAGACCACUUUUGGUCUUCGGGUUCGCUGGGAUGGAAACCAUUAUGCGCAGAUUUCACUACCCAGCUCCUACUUCAACCAGACGUGUGGUUUAUGUGGUGAUUAUGACGGGAGCCCUAACAACGACUUCACCAAGCCAGAUGGCACUCUGGUCAAUAACGUCAACGACUUUGGCAACAGCUGGCAGACUGAGGAGGACGAAGAUGAAUCGUGUACCGGAGGAACCACCCCCGACCCAGACUGUGACCCUGCACUGGAGGCAGAGGUGGUGAAACCAGAGAAGUGUGGCAAAAUCAAAGAUCCAGCUGGACCCUUUAGGGAGUGCAUCAACAAGGUGAAUCCCACUCCAUACUUCCAGAGCUGCGUGUUCGAUAUGUGUCAGUUCAACGGCCAGCAGCACGUGCUGUGUGACCAGCUGCAGGCCUACACUGACGCCUGUCUGGCAGCUGGAGCCAAAGUCUACCCAUGGAGAACCCCGACUUUCUGCCCCCUGACAUGUCCCCCCAACAGCUCCUACUCUCUCUGUGUCAGCUCAUGUCCAGAGACUUGUCUCGGUGUGGUUGGACCACCAGGGUGUGAGAAUGUGUGUGUGGAGGGUUGCAAGUGUGACCCAGGAUUCAUUCUGAGCGGCGAACAGUGUGUUCCACUAAAAGACUGUGGCUGCGUGGAGCCCAGUGGAGACUAUCACCCUGUGGGAGACAGCUGGUUCAUGGAGGGCUGUAAGCAGAGAUGCACAUGUAAUGGUGGAGGUGUGAUCCAGUGCCUCAACACCACCUGCGGACCAACGGGGAUCUGCCAACUGCUGGAGGGAGAGUACCAGUGUGUCGCAACAGACUUGACUACGCCAAAACCAUCGACAAGUCCAACGACACCUGAACCAACUACACCUGAACCACCUACGCCAAGUUGUCCUCCAAAUGCAGAGUAUAAAGAAUGUGGCCCAUCCUGCAUUCCCUCCUGUGAGACGCCCUCCACCAACUGUAGCGGUCCCUGCAUCAGCGGCUGCUUCUGCAAACCUGGGUUCGUCUUCAAGGGUCGGCGCUGUGUUCCCCUCGAUAAAUGUGGCUGCCUGGAUGAGGACAACAACUAUUAUGAGCCUGGAGAGAUUGUAUUUGGAGAUGGCUGCUCCAAGCUGUGUCGCUGUGCUGGGAACUACACCCUGGAGUGUGUGGACAACUCCUGUGACCCCACUGAGGAGUGCAGGGAAAUUAAUGGGGUUUCAGGCUGCUAUCCUAAAGACACAUCCACCUGCAUCGCAUCUGGUGACCCCCACUACACCACCUUUGACAAACGCAAAUAUGACUUCAUGGGCAACUGCACCUACUUGAUGUCCUCUCCAUGCAACUCCACUCUGCCGCACUUCGAGGUUCAUGUUGAAAACGAAAACCGCUUCAACAGACCGACCAUUUCCUAUGUGAAGGCCGUGCACGUGUAUGUAGAUAGAGUGAAGAUCUCCAUCCUCAAAGACGGCAUUGUGCAGGUGAAUGGAACGAAUGUUAAUGUGCCAGUGAGUCCAGUCCCGAGUGUCUCGGUGUUCAAGUCAGGAAAACACUACACGGUGAAAAUGAACUUCGGAGUGACUGUUCGCUAUGACGGGAACCAUUUCAUGGACAUCAAAGUCAUCAAAGACUACGAGGGAACAUUGUGUGGACUGUGUGGGGACUAUGAUGGAAACCCCAAAGAUGACUUCCGCAAACCAGGCGGGUCAAUGGCUGCCAAUGCAAAUGAGUUUGGACACAGUUGGAACACUGACCCCGAAUGCAACAAGAAACCAAACACCACCCUCCCAGGAUGUGACGAAGAUGAGCAGGAAAUCUAUGAGGACUCCAAAUUCUGCGGAAUGCUGCUGGACAAAAAUGGUCCGUUUGCUGCCUGCCACCGAAAAGUCAACCCCAAUAACUACUUCAAGGAUUGUCUCUUCGACCUGUGUGAACUGGACGGAGCCCAGCCAGUUCUGUGUGAAGCCAUUGAAGCCUACGUCAACGAGUGCCAGGACCGUGGGGUCACUAUUAAACCCUGGAGGAACGACACCUUCUGUCCUUGGAAAUGCCCUGACAACAGCCACUACGAGCCGUGUGCUGACUCAUGUCAGCAGACAUGUUCAGGGAAACCUCCAUCCUGUGGUGGUCCAUGCAGUGAGGGUUGUGUGUGUGAUCCUGGCUACGUCCUGAGUUCUGGAAAAUGUGUCAAGGAGAGCUCCUGCGGUUGCAAAUACACAAACGGCCAGUACUAUGAGCCUGGAGAAGAGUUCUACUUGGAAGACUGUAAGCUGAAGUGUCGCUGUGAUGCACCCUUUGUAACAUGUCAAGCCUUUGACUGCCCACCAAUGCACGAGUGCAAACACCAGGGUGGAGAACUGGGCUGCUACCCCACCAGCUCUCAGGACUGUGUUGUCUCUGGAGAUCCUCAUUACAUGACCUUUGAUGACAAGUACUACACUUUCAUGGGCACCUGCACCUACACACUGGCCCGGAACUGUGGGAACACAACCGGACCCUGGUUUUCAGUGGAGGGGAAGAACGAGGAACGUGGAGUCACUGGAGUGUCCUACUUGAAGAAACUCUAUGUCACUGUCAACGGAAUCACUGUGACCAUGAUGAAGCAGCGAAGAACACUGGCCAACGGACGGCGUGUUUCUCUGCCUCAUUCCCCUUCUCCACUCAUGUCUCUGAGCCUUGCUGGUCAGUACGUCACCCUGGAGACCACUUUUGGUCUUCGGGUUCGCUGGGAUGGAAACCAUUAUGCGCAGAUUUCACUACCCAGCUCCUACUUCAACCAGACGUGUGGUUUAUGUGGUGAUUAUGACGGGAGCCCUAACAACGACUUCACCAAGCCAGAUGGCACUCUGGUCAAUAACGUCAACGACUUUGGCAACAGCUGGCAGACUGAGGAGGACGAAGAUGAAUCGUGUACCGGAGGAACCACCCCCGACCCAGACUGUGACCCUGCACUGGAGGCAGAGGUGGUGAAACCAGAGAAGUGUGGCAAAAUCAAAGAUCCAGCUGGACCCUUUAGGGAGUGCAUCAACAAGGUGAAUCCCACUCCAUACUUCCAGAGCUGCGUGUUCGAUAUGUGUCAGUUCAACGGCCAGCAGCACGUGCUGUGUGACCAGCUGCAGGCCUACACUGACGCCUGUCUGGCAGCUGGAGCCAAAGUCUACCCAUGGAGAACCCCGACUUUCUGCCCCCUGACAUGUCCCCCCAACAGCUCCUACUCUCUCUGUGUCAGCUCAUGUCCAGAGACUUGUCUCGGUGUGGUUGGACCACCAGGGUGUGAGGAUGUGUGUGUGGAGGGUUGCAAGUGUGACCCAGGAUUCAUUCUGAGCGGCGAACAGUGUGUUCCACUAAAAGACUGUGGCUGCGUGGAGCCCAGUGGAGACUAUCACCCUGUGGGAGACAGCUGGUUCAUGGAGGGCUGUAAGCAGAGAUGCACAUGUAAUGGUGGAGGUGUGAUCCAGUGCCUCAACACCACCUGCGGACCAACGGGGAUCUGCCAACUGCUGGAGGGAGAGUACCAGUGUGUCGCAACAAACUUGACUACGCCAAAACCAUCGACAAGUCCAACGAAACCUGAACCAACUACACCUGAACCAACGACACCUGAACCAACUACACCUGAACCAACUACACCUGAACCACCUACGCCAAGUUGUCCUCCAAAUGCAGAGUAUAAAGAAUGUGGCCCAUCCUGCAUUCCCUCCUGUGAGACGCCCUCCACCAACUGUAGCGGUCCCUGCAUCAGCGGCUGCUUCUGCAAACCUGGGUUCGUCUUCAAGGGUCGGCGCUGUGUUCCCCUCGAUAAAUGUGGCUGCCUGGAUGAGGACAACAACUAUUAUGAGCCUGGAGAGAUUGUAUUUGGAGAUGGCUGCUCCAAGCUGUGUCGCUGUGCUGGGAACUACACCCUGGAGUGUGUGGACAACUCCUGUGACCCCACUGAGGAGUGCAGGGAAAUUAAUGGGGUUUCAGGCUGCUAUCCUAAAGACACAUCCACCUGCAUCGCAUCUGGUGACCCCCACUACACCACCUUUGACAAACGCAAAUAUGACUUCAUGGGCAACUGCACCUACUUGAUGUCCUCUCCAUGCAACUCCACUCUGCCGCACUUCGAGGUUCAUGUUGAAAACGAAAACCGCUUCAACAGACCGACCAUUUCCUAUGUGAAGGCCGUGCACGUGUAUGUAGAUAGAGUGAAGAUCUCCAUCCUCAAAGACGGCAUUGUGCAGGUGAAUGGAACGAAUGUUAAUGUGCCAGUGAGUCCAGUCCCGAGUGUCUCGGUGUUCAAGUCAGGAAAACACUACACGGUGAAAAUGAACUUCGGAGUGACUGUUCGCUAUGACGGGAACCAUUUCAUGGACAUCAAAGUCAUCAAAGACUACGAGGGAACAUUGUGUGGACUGUGUGGGGACUAUGAUGGAAACCCCAAAGAUGACUUCCGCAAACCAGGCGGGUCAAUGGCUGCCAAUGCAAAUGAGUUUGGACACAGUUGGAACACUGACCCCGAAUGCAACAAGAAACCAAACACCACCCUCCCAGGAUGUGACGAAGAUGAGCAGGAAAUCUAUGAGGACUCCAAAUUCUGCGGAAUGCUGCUGGACAAAAAUGGUCCGUUUGCUGCCUGCCACCGAAAAGUCAACCCCAAUAACUACUUCAAGGAUUGUCUCUUCGACCUGUGUGAACUGGACGGAGCCCAGCCAGUUCUGUGUGAAGCCAUUGAAGCCUACGUCAACGAGUGCCAGGACCGUGGGGUCACUAUUAAACCCUGGAGGAACGACACCUUCUGUCCUUGGAAAUGCCCUGACAACAGCCACUACGAGCCGUGUGCUGACUCAUGUCAGCAGACAUGUUCAGGGAAACCUCCAUCCUGUGGUGGUCCAUGCAGUGAGGGUUGUGUGUGUGAUCCUGGCUACGUCCUGAGUUCUGGAAAAUGUGUCAAGGAGAGCUCCUGCGGUUGCAAAUACACAAACGGCCAGUACUAUGAGCCUGGAGAAGAGUUCUACUUGGAAGACUGUAAGCUGAAGUGUCGCUGUGAUGCACCCUUUGUAACAUGUCAAGCCUUUGACUGCCCACCAAUGCACGAGUGCAAACACCAGGGUGGAGAACUGGGCUGCUACCCCACCAGCUCUCAGGACUGUGUUGUCUCUGGAGAUCCUCAUUACAUGACCUUUGAUGACAAGUACUACACUUUCAUGGGCACCUGCACCUACACACUGGCCCGGAACUGUGGGAACACAACCGGACCCUGGUUUUCAGUGGAGGGGAAGAACGAGGAACGUGGAGUCACUGGAGUGUCCUACUUGAAGAAACUCUAUGUCACUGUCAACGGAAUCACUGUGACCAUGAUGAAGCAGCGAAGAACACUGGCCAACGGACGGCGUGUUUCUCUGCCUCAUUCCCCUUCUCCACUCAUGUCUCUGAGCCUUGCUGGUCAGUACGUCACCCUGGAGACCACUUUUGGUCUUCGGGUUCGCUGGGAUGGAAACCAUUAUGCGCAGAUUUCACUACCCAGCUCCUACUUCAACCAGACGUGUGGUUUAUGUGGUGAUUAUGACGGGAGCCCUAACAACGACUUCACCAAGCCAGAUGGCACUCUGGUCAAUAACGUCAACGACUUUGGCAACAGCUGGCAGACUGAGGAGGACGAAGAUGAAUCGUGUACCGGAGGAACCACCCCCGACCCAGACUGUGACCCUGCACUGGAGGCAGAGGUGGUGAAACCAGAGAAGUGUGGCAAAAUCAAAGAUCCAGCUGGACCCUUUAGGGAGUGCAUCAACAAGGUGAAUCCCACUCCAUACUUCCAGAGCUGCGUGUUCGAUAUGUGUCAGUUCAACGGCCAGCAGCACGUGCUGUGUGACCAGCUGCAGGCCUACACUGACGCCUGUCUGGCAGCUGGAGCCAAAGUCUACCCAUGGAGAACCCCGACUUUCUGCCCCCUGACAUGUCCCCCCAACAGCUCCUACUCUCUCUGUGUCAGCUCAUGUCCAGAGACUUGUCUCGGUGUGGUUGGACCACCAGGGUGUGAGGAUGUGUGUGUGGAGGGUUGCAAGUGUGACCCAGGAUUCAUUCUGAGCGGCGAACAGUGUGUUCCACUAAAAGACUGUGGCUGCGUGGAGCCCAGUGGAGACUAUCACCCUGUGGGAGACAGCUGGUUCAUGGAGGGCUGUAAGCAGAGAUGCACAUGUAAUGGUGGAGGUGUGAUCCAGUGCCUCAACACCACCUGCGGACCAACGGGGAUCUGCCAACUGCUGGAGGGAGAGUACCAGUGUGUCGCAACAAACUUGACUACGCCAAAACCAUCGACAAGUCCAACGAAACCUGAACCAACUACACCUGAACCAACGACACCUGAACCAACUACACCUGAACCAACUACACCUGAACCACCUACGCCAAGUUGUCCUCCAAAUGCAGAGUAUAAAGAAUGUGGCCCAUCCUGCAUUCCCUCCUGUGAGACGCCCUCCACCAACUGUAGCGGUCCCUGCAUCAGCGGCUGCUUCUGCAAACCUGGGUUCGUCUUCAAGGGUCGGCGCUGUGUUCCCCUCGAUAAAUGUGGCUGCCUGGAUGAGGACAACAACUAUUAUGAGCCUGGAGAGAUUGUAUUUGGAGAUGGCUGCUCCAAGCUGUGUCGCUGUGCUGGGAACUACAUCCUGGAGUGUGUGGACAACUCCUGUGACCCCACUGAGGAGUGCAGGGAAAUUAAUGGGGUUUCAGGCUGCUAUCCUAAAGACACAUCCACCUGCAUCGCAUCUAGUGACCCCCACUACACCACCUUUGACAAACGCAAAUAUGACUUCAUGGGCAACUGCACCUACUUGAUGUCCUCUCCAUGCAACUCCACUCUGCCGCACUUCGAGGUUUAUGUUGAAAAUGAAAACCGCUUCAACAGACCGACCAUUUCCUAUGUGAAGGCCGUGCACGUGUAUGUAGAUGGAGUGAAGAUCUCCAUCCUCAAAGACGGCAUUGUGCAGGUGAAUGGAACGAAUGUUAAUGUGCCAGUGAGUCCAGUCCCGAGUGUCUCGGUGUUCAAGUCAGGAAAACACUACACGGUGAAAAUGAACUUCGGAGUGACUGUUCGCUAUGACGGGAACCAUUUCAUGGACAUCAAAGUCAUCAAAGACUACGAGGGAACAUUGUGUGGACUGUGUGGGGACUAUGAUGGAAACCCCAAAGAUGACUUCCGCAAACCAGGCGGGUCAAUGGCUGCCAAUGCAAAUGAGUUUGGACACAGUUGGAACACUGACCCCGAAUGCAACAAGAAACCAAACACCACCCUCCCAGGAUGUGACGAAGAUGAGCAGGAAAUCUAUGAGGACUCCAAAUUCUGCGGAAUGCUGCUGGACAAAAAUGGUCCGUUUGCUGCCUGCCACCGAAAAGUCAACCCCAAUAACUACUUCAAGGAUUGUCUCUUCGACCUGUGUGAACUGGACGGAGCCCAGCCAGUUCUGUGUGAAGCCAUUGAAGCCUACGUCAACGAGUGCCAGGACCGUGGGGUCACUAUUAAACCCUGGAGGAACGACACCUUCUGUCCUUGGAAAUGCCCUGACAACAGCCACUACGAGCCGUGUGCUGACUCAUGUCAGCAGACAUGUUCAGGGAAACCUCCAUCCUGUGGUGGUCCAUGCAGUGAGGGUUGUGUGUGUGAUCCUGGCUACGUCCUGAGUGCUGGAAAAUGUGUCAAGGAGAGCUCCUGCGGCUGCAACCACACUAAUGGCCAGUACUAUGAGCCUGGAGAGGAGUUCUAUGCAGAAGACUGUAAACGCAAAUGUCGGUGUGAUGGAUCUUCCGUCACCUGUGUUGCCUCUCAAUGCCCCCCAAUGCACGAGUGUAAAAUACAGGAUGGGGACCUGGGCUGCUACCCAACAAGCUCCCGGCAAUGUAUCAUCUGUGGAGAUCCUCACUACACAACAUUUGAUGACAAGUACUUCUCUUUCAUGGGCACAUGCACCUACACACUUGCUCGAAACUGCAACACCUCUGGCCCGUCAUUCUCGGUGGAAGGGAAGAACGAGGAACGUGGAGCGUCAGGUGUUUCCUACCUGAGGAAGCUCUAUGUUACUGUUGAUGGAAUCACUGUGACUAUGAUGAAACAGCGAAGGACAUUGGUGAAUGGAGUGCGUGUUGCCAUGCCACAUUCUCCCUCAGCCCUCAUGUCUCUGAGCCUUGCUGGUCAGUACGUCACCCUUGAGACCACGUUUGGCCUUCGCGUGCGCUGGGAUGGAAACCAUUACGCGCAGAUUACAGUUCCGAGCUCCUUCUAUGACCAGAUGUGUGGUCUAUGUGGCGAUUACGAUGGGAACCCCGACAACGACUUCACCAAACCAGAUGGCAUUUUGGUCAGCAACGUCAAUGACUUUGGCAACAGCUGGCAGACUGAGGAGGACGAAGAUGAAUCGUGCGCUGGAGGGACUAUCCCUGAUCCAGACUGUGACAUAGAAGCUGAGGUGAUGAAACCAGACAAAUGUGGCAAAAUCAACGAUCCAGCUGGACCCUUCAGGGAGUGCAUCAACAAGGUGAAUCCCACUCCAUACUUCCAGAGCUGCGUGUUCGAUAUGUGUCAGUUCAACGGCCAGCAGCACGUGCUGUGCGACCAGCUGCAGGCCUACACUGACGCCUGUCUGGCAGCUGGAGCCAAAGUCUACCCAUGGAGAACCCCGACUUUCUGCCCCCUGGCAUGUCCCGCCAACAGCUCCUACUCUCUGUGUGUGAGCUCCUGCCCUGAGACCUGUUUGGGUGUGGUUGGACCACCAGGCUGCGAAGAUGUGUGUGUGGAGGGCUGCAAGUGUGACCCAGGAUACAUCCUCAGUGGGGAGAAAUGUGUUUCGGUGAAAGACUGUGGAUGUGUCGAUCCCAGUGGAAGCUAUCACCCUGUGGGAGAUGACUGGUUCAUGGAGGGCUGUAAGCAGAGGUGCACAUGUAAUGGUGGAGGUGUGAUCCAGUGUCAGAACACCACCUGUAAACCGGUGACCGAGAGUUGCCAGCUACAAGAUGGAGAGUACCAGUGUGUUUCUACGGGAAGUGGUAUGUGCUCUGCAUCUGGUGACCCCCACUACACCACCUUUGACAAACGCACCCACCACUACAUGGGCGCCUGCUCCUACACCAUGACCAAGCCUUGCAACGAAUCCUCCAACAUGCCCUACUUCACUGUUGAUACCCAAAACGAGUACAGAGGAAGUAGUAAGAAGGUCUCCUACGUCAGAGCUGUGAUGAUUACUGUGUACGGUGUGGAGAUCAUCCUCGGAAAAGGCCGCACUGUUCAGGUAAACGGAACAGCGGUGGUGCCACCUGUCACCUCCAUUGAAGGUGUUCAGAUCUACCUGAGUGGCAAGUUUGUUGUCCUUGAAACAACCUUUGGCCUGAGGGUGCGAUUCGAUGGCAACCACCACGCUGACGUUUCUGUGCCCAACUCCUACAAAGGCCUGAUGUGUGGCCUCUGCGGCAAUUUCAAUGAUGACCCCAAAGAUGACAACCUUAAACCUGAUAACACGCCGGCAGCUAACACAAAUGAGCUGGGUGACAGUUGGCAGGUCCCAGACUCCAGACCUGACUGCACCAAUGGCGGCGGCCAAGAGGAGUGUGAUGAUGAUGUAGAGGAAGAUGCAGUCAAGCCUAGUAACUGUGGCAUGAUUCAGGAUCCCGCCGGCAUCUUCAAGCCCUGCCACGCACUUGUACCACCUGCACCGUAUUUUGAAAACUGCGUGUACGACAUGUGUGCCACCGAAGGACAGGCUGUUGCUCUUUGCCAAGCGAUUGAAAGCUACGCAGACAUGUGCGCCGCAGCUGGUGUAGCCAUCGACUGGAGAAAGAACAACACCUUCUGUGCCAUCAAAUGCCCACCUGGUAGUCAGUACACCCACUGUGGACCCGCCUGCGCUCAGCCCAGCUGUCAGAACCCUGCUGGCCCCGAGGGUCCCUGCAACAAGCCCUGUGUGGAGGGAUGCAUCUGCAAUGAUGGCCUGAUCUUCAGUGGAGACAAAUGUGUUCCCAUCAGCGAGUGCGGCUGCACAGAUGAGGACGGCAAAUAUAGACCGGUUGGUGACACCUGGUUUACUGAGCGUGACUGCUCGGAGCGUUGCAAGUGCAACGGCCACAACAACGUCACGUGCGAGCCUUGGCAGUGCAGUCCAGCGCAGGAGUGCAAGGUGGUGGAGGGAGUCCUGGGCUGUCAUUCCACAGGUAAAGGAGUGUGUCAUGUGGCUGGUGAUCCACACUACUAUACCUUCGACGGUGAGAUGUACACGUUCAUGGGCACUUGCACGUACACUCUAGUGGAGGUCUGCAACAGCAGCCAGGUCACCCCAUUCAAGAUAGUGGCCAAAAACGAGGAGCGUGGACAGCCAGAGGCCUCUUAUGUCCGAUCCGCUACGGUCUACCUGCCCGGCGACACCGUGGUGGAACUGCAGAAGGCCCGCAGGGUUUUGGUGAACGGACGACGGGUGCGAACUCCUGUAAACAUCCCUGCUGCGGGAAGUAAGGUGAUCACCAGUGGUGUCUACAGUCUGCUGGACACAAGCUUUGGACUGCAGGUGAAGUUUGAUGGCGUCCAUCACCUGGAGAUCACUGUCCCUGGAGAAUACUUCAACACGCUGUGCGGAAUGUGCGGAAACUAUAACCAAAACCCUUCAGACGACAACCUGAUGCCAAACAAGAAACCCACCGAUGACGUAAUCGAGCUUGGAAACAGCUGGAAGUCAGAGGGAGACAGUGAUCCUGGCUGUCAGCCUGACACCCGACCAGACAUCCAUCCCAACUGCACCAAGGAGGAGGAGAAGCUAUAUGACUCCAUUUGUGCUGAGGUCAUCCUCUCGGAUCGCUUCAAACCUUGCCACGACUUGCUGCCCCCAACAGCCUUCGUAGACACCUGUGUAUACGACAUGUGCGAGUACAACGGCAUGCAGUCGACACUGUGCGACAACGUGGAGGCAUACGCUCAAGCCUGCCAGAGUGCCGGAGUCACCAUCAGCUGGAGGAACAGCAGCUUCUGUCCUCUGCCCUGCCCUCCGAACAGCCACUAUUCUGACUGCACAGCUCCCUGUCCUCCCACUUGCUCCGACCUCUUCCCAUUGACCUGCCAUCUUCCCCCGACCACCUGUGUUGAGGGCUGCCAGUGCAACGCCGGCCAUGUGCUCAGUGACGGCAAGUGUGUUCCUCUGGACAAGUGUGGCUGCGUGGAUUCAGACGGAGAGUACCACGAUGCUGGAGACUCUUGGCUCACCAACAAAUGUGCCGAGUCCUGCUCCUGCAAACCAGGGAACAAUAUUGAAUGCAACACGCACCGUUGUGCUCCUGAAACCGUGUGUGAUCUGGACAAAGAUGGGGAAUUAUACUGCAAACCAGCCAAAUUCGACAGGUGCAUCAUCUCGGGUGAUCCACACCACAGGACGUUUGAUGGGUUCACCCAUCACUUCCAAGGACCCUACACCUACAUCCUGGUCCAGGGUCACAACCUGAUCAACUCACAGGCCCCGUUAGUGAUUAGCGGGAAGAACAUUCGGCGUGGCGGAAACAGGAGGGUCUCCUUCCUGGAUGAGAUGUACAUUCGUGUUUAUGGCGUCACCGUCCGCUUACUCCAGAAGAAGAAAGUCCUGGUAAACGACGAGCGUCUCACUCCUCCACUGGAGCCAGUUGAGGGUUUGAGCAUCACCAUGAACUCCAAGCACGUUCAGCUGACCACCGAUUUCGGUCUCACUGUGAGCUUUGACGGCAGCAGUCGUGGAGAGAUCGUAUUGCCCAGCACCUACCGCCACUCUGUCAGGGGUCUGUGUGGGAACUAUGACGGCAUCACCAGAAACGAAUACAUGAAGCCGGACGGUAGCGUUGUCAGAGACCUUAACACCUUCGGAGAAAGCUGGCGGACCGAGGUUCGCCAGGUUGAUGGACUGAAUAUAUUGGACCGGCACGUCCACAAGCGUGAAGAUGAGACAGAUCCAGAUUCAGGGUUCACGACAACUGACUGUACCCCUGUCGAUUUGGUCAACUACAGCAGCGCCACACAGUGCGGCGCACUGUCUGACCCAAGCGGACCAUUCGCCUCCUGCCACGCUAAGCUGCCGCCUCAGGACUUCCAGAACGACUGCCUGUUUGACCUGUGCGCCGAGAAAGGAAGUGAUGAGCUGCGCUGCGCCAGUUACGAUGCGUACGCCACUGCCUGUCAGCAAGUCGAUGUCUCGCUGGGAAUGUGGAGACAACUGCUGGGCUGCGCUCUCACCUGCCCCGGGAACAGCACCUACUCCCCUGCCAUGUCUUCUUGCCCCGCCUCCUGUGCCAACCUGGCCGCCCCCUCAGAGUGUGACCUCACUGUGCCGGUGGAGGGCUGCCAGUGCGCCCCUGGUUUCGUCAUGAGCGAGGGAAGCUGUGUGCCAUACGCUCAGUGUGGCUGCACGUACCUCACCCGGUACUACCCUUUGAACGAGAAGUUUGUGACUGAAGACUGCUCGCUGUCUUGCGAAUGUACCCCAACUGGUGCCGUCUGCCAACCCAAGACCUGCGGGAAAGGAUUCGUCUGCACCAUCUAUGAUUUCAGACGCGACUGCUUCAAAGAGAGCCCCUGCCUCAGCAGCCCCUGCCAGAACGGAGGAACGUGUCAAGAGGGCAGCGACAACAGCACCUACAUCUGUCAGUGUGUUGAUGGAUUCGAGGGUUCCGACUGUGAGCUCGAGGAGGUGCCACCUCCUCCAGUACUUGAUCUCAAAUGGAUCAUCGUGAUCGCUGUGCUGGUGUCUGUGGCUGUCAUCCUCGUCAUCACGCUGACCGUUGUGUGUGUUUGCAAAGGAAGAUCCAAGUCACAUGUUUAUUCAAUUCAGAAGCGGGCGACUGAAGGAGGGAAAAAGAUGUUGGAAAAAGGCAUCAGCUUGAGAUCCGCAAGUGUCCGAUACGGAAACAUGGACGAGCAGAGAGCGGACGGAAUGACCACGAUGUGAACGGAGCGAAUUUCUGCAGCGCAACGUGUCCGACGCUUCCACCGGCGGCUUCAGCAAAGAAAUAAAAGCCUGAAAUAGAGGACACGGUUUUGUCAAAUAUGUUAAUAUAAGUAUUGUGGUUUGCUCCUGCGAGGUAUUAACUUAUGCUUUUUGGUGAUUGUAAUUGCUAUUCACAUGUUUGAAGUCUAAUUAAAG